UUGAAGCUUAUAUGUGGAAUAUCGAAUCAAAUAGAACACCUUUUUUAAGAUUUUAGGAAAAAUCGCAGUUGUUUUAUUUAAGCCUUUGACAUUUAGAUUUACUGAAAAAUCGAAACAAAACAAAAUUUACCCAGCUGUUCGCAUGGCCUCACCUUAUAAGUGCAUCCUGGUGCUAAUCUUUGCAUAUGGCGAUUUUAAAGAGUCGUUCGGCCCAUCUUUAUAAAAUUUAAAAAAAAACUAUUGUGUAUUUUUAUCCAUUAAGAGUCGACCUGAACUUCUUACAAAACGAAAAGUCGAAUAUUUACUUUUGGAAACCGAGAGGCUAUAACUAAAAAAAUACACAUAAAAAAUGGACAAUAUGGAACUGAAAUCAGAGGAUUCCAUACCCAAAACUAUGACAAUGUCUGCGAAAUGUUUAAUUUUUGCCACUGGUGGAAUUGGCAUAGGAUUGUCAGUCAUAUGUGCAUCAUUUGUGGCACCGGCAUUUAGACGAAUUUGCUUGCCAUAUGUUCCCGCCACAACAGAACAAAUCAGCAACGUAUUGAAGUUUCUUCCUCGCAAUUCUCCUAAUCGUCUGCUGGACAUUGGUUCUGGCGAUGGAAGAAUUGUCAUUGCCACAGCUAAGCAAGGCCUACAAUCAGACGGAGUAGAAUUGAAUCCGUGGCUAGUGUGGUGGUCACGUUUGGCUGCGUUCCGGGAAGGUGUGAGUCCAAAAACAAAGUUCUUUCGCCGGGAUUUGUGGAAAUUCGACUUAAAAUCAUAUGACUACGUGGUAAUCUUUGGCGUUGAGCAAAUGAUGAAAGACCUGGAAACAAAACUGAUUGCAGAGGUACCAAAUUCUAAAGUUAUAGCAUGUAGAUUCCCUCUUCCUACAUUGGAACCCCUGAAAGUUGUGGAUGAAGGUGUGAAUUCAGUGUGGUUUUACGAUCUAAGUAAAUCACAUCGCGUUAGAGAAAGUUGAGGGGAAAAAUCAUUGUUUAUUUUUUGUCAGUUAUAUUUAUAUUUAGCUUAUUUUUUGAAAAAAUAAAAAAAGAUUUGUAAUUUAAA